AACUCUUGCGCUUCCCUGUCUCCGCCGGCUGGCUCUGCGACGAUAAGAGCUUGUCGCGCCGGCCCAUCUCAACACCGCGCAGCACCCCUCACCUGGCGCGCACUCAACACACACUCCUUUCAAAGCAAGACGGUGCUGGCAUCGCGCCUUCCUCCGCCUUUCAGCCUCGGUUGCCCUCGUAGUAUUCAGUCGGCCUGCGACCCACGGCAUGGGAUCGAUAGUAGUGAGCGACUUCGGUGGAAACCACUUUCACAACCCUAUGUUUGGUGGCAGCGGUGGACACCAGCAGGCACAAGAGCCCCCCUCUGCACAUUCUGGACGGUCCUCGUCAGCGAACGCGCCGCCUCGAGUCGUGGCUGACGUUCCAAUGGCCGAUGCGGGAGCCCCGCCAUCCAGCUCAACACCAGCUCAACGAUCGCAGCAGCACGAUUCCUUAGCAGCCAGCCCACACCCAGCUGUCCAGCAGCAGGCGCCUCCCUCGAGCCCCCGCUUUCGCCCACAAUCGCAGCAACACACACCCUCUGCUGCGCAGACUCGGAUCGUACCCUCGUCUGGGUCGACGCCUGCCCAGGCCUCACCAGCACAAUCGCUGCGCUCACCCGUCGAAUCAAAUGCAGCCUCGCCGCGAAAGGUCAAGGUUACUAGCUUGGCCCACAUCCAAAGCUUUGCCAUCGACGAGUCCAGUCCGUUCUCUCAGACGCGCUCAUUGUCGCGGCGUCAGCGGCGGGACCCGGCAGACGUCGGGCCCCAAUAUGAGAUCAGCGAUAUGCCCGUCUCAGAUAUCAUCGAGAUGGUUGCCGGGCUGUUAACCAAGAUUACCACAACUAACGAUCGACAACACGAUCAUCUGCAUCGCCAGAUACCACCCGUCGAUGGAACAUCUGGGCUGAGCCAGCAGACCACCAGUGUACUAGCCUUUCAUGGCAAGAACGUACCCAGCAUUUCGAUUCUGAGCUAUCUCAGCCGCAUACAUAAAUACUGCCCUACGACUUACGAGGUGUUUCUGAGUCUGCUCGUGUACUUCGACAGGAUGACCGAGAGGGUAAACGCUGGGCCUAUGCUGAGCCUCCGCCAGGCCAAUCAGCAGUCGUUGGAGCGCUCUGAAGCGGCUGCGAGCACAGCCUCAGCGGUCUCAGCUGCCGGCCAGACUUCCUCGAAUGCUGCCCACGGGCAAGCCGCAACACCACCUCCAUCCGGAUCAUUGGGCAGGCCACAGGACUCCUCGGUCCGGACCUCACAGCCGCCAUCACCGCCUCAGCAGGAUCUGGACUCUAACGGCUAUAAUCUUUCCCAUUUUUUCGUCGUUGAUAGCUUCAACAUCCACCGGCUGGUAAUUGCAGGCGUUACGUGCGCAAGCAAAUUCUUCUCUGACGUAUUCUACACCAAUUCUAGAUACGCGAAGGUUGGCGGUCUCCCAUUGGUGGAGCUUAACCAUUUGGAAUUGCAAUUCCUGUUGCUCAACGACUUCCGCUUAGCUGUGUCUCUGGAAGAGAUGGAGGCUUACGGGACUAUGCUGGUGGAGUUCUAUGCACGAGAGGUAGUCGAACAACAUGAAAGGCAGAGUGCAGGCAGGCAGUAAUUUGGUGGUCCUGCAUUCAAGAACGGAAGCCAGACUCGGCUCCUUCAUCUCAUGCAAGCUUGGAAUGAGCAGACUCCCUGCCGAAACGACCCUGGCUGCACAUGCAUGACGAGACGGACGAACGGUGCUCCCCACACUGAGCAACAAACCACAUGAGUUGCGGUCACGAACUCAGCCAUUUGGAGUAUGGCGUCCCGUCCUCUCGAAGACCUCUUUCUCUUUUGACCUUUGUUUUUGAAGCGAGACCGUCCGAUAUCCUAGACCGGACACUUGCACGAUU